CAGAAUGUUGCAAUCAAGGAUACUGGGAGGAUUAAAGGAUUGCGCUGAAAAGAAACAAAAACAUGUCAUAUUACCGCCACAACUGCGUUGGUUGUAAUUUAGAGCACUGUGCAAGUAAGAAUUGUACUUUUUGUUCAUAGUUCUUGUACAUUUUAACGAAAUAACGUCGAGAGUAGGCUUCAAUACAUCGACGAUUUGGAGCAGCCCGCAAAAUUCCAACUUUCUAUUUGUACUCUAACGCACCACAACGUGAGGCGUGCUGCACAGAUGUUUCUGGAUUCUGAGUCAUGGGGAAGGCAAAAUAAUUGUCAAAGGAUCUGCGAGAAAAGCAGCGAUACAAUGGGACGAAUGAAAGGAAGGGGAAGACUUUGGAAAGGCUGCUAAGGUGGCACAAAGAGCAGGCGGCCAUUGUUUUUGAAUCCUAAUUGCAUCUUUCACAGGCAAUUCCAUUAAGGCAACAAUGGCACGUCUUCUUUCUCUGUUCCGGCCCCAACCAUUUGUGACUCUGCUUGGGAACAGGAACAUGUCACUGGACUAUGGAGCACGGCAGGUGUUCGUCGCGGCGGUGGAGUCUGUGCAGCCGGACGUUGUGGUCCGUCAGGGCUUGCAGCGUAAAAACGACUCGGUCUUCGUCGGAGGACACGAAUUCCCCCUCCAAAACAACGUGCACAUGGUGGGCUUUGGCAAAGCCGUGCUGGGCAUGGCCGCCGAGGUGGAGAGGAUUGUGGAAGAUCACCUUGUGGGCGGAGUCAUCAGCGUGCCACACGGCAUUCAGCAGACCUUGAGGCAACACGGUAAAAAUCACCUGCUGGUAACAGGAAGUAGUCGCAUCAGAGUCAUGGAGGGCGCUCGACACAACCUGCCUGACUCUGACUCCAUGAAGGCGUCCGAGUGCAUCACCAAGUUGGCGAGUGAACUCACAGACAAAGACCUGCUGCUCGUUCUUAUCUCAGGUGGAGGUUCUGCACUGUUACCUGCACCCAUCCCUCCAAUAACGCUGCAGGAGAAGUUGGACGUCACUCGCAAACUGGCGGCCGCCGGCGCCACCAUUCAAGAGCUGAACACGGUGCGACGCGCAUUUUCCACCUUAAAAGGCGGAGGACUUGCACGGUGUGCUCAUCCUGCUCAGGUGCUCGGGUUGAUACUGUCUGACGUGAUAGGCGACCCACUGGACCUGAUAGCUAGCGGCCCCACUGUGGGGGGUCAGGUGUGUCGCGAGGAUGUGCUGGCUGUUCUUGAGCGCUACAAGCUGCUGGACUCCGCACCCGCCUCGGUGAAGGACGUGCUGGGGAGACUGCCUCCGCGACAGGAAGUUAAAGGGGAGGAGGCGGGGCAUGUCCUCAACGCUGUGAUCGGCUCCAAUAGCGUCGCCCUCCAGCGUGCGGCCCAUUGUGCGCAGGAAUUGGGUUUUAAUCCGGUGGUGCUUUCGCCGGGUGUGUGUGGCGAUGUGCGGUCGGUGUGCCAUCUGUACGGCCUCUUGGCUCGCUUCGCCUGCCCUCACCAGGAACCUUCGUCUGAGAUCCUAGCCAAUUUGCUGAAGCUAGGACCCGAGGUGGGCGUGGACAGCGGGGACCUGCGCCGUACCAUGGAGAGCUUGGAGCGGCUCCGUUCACAGGCGGGGGGCGCCACAUGCGUGUUGGCGGGGGGCGAGCCCACCGUGCAGCUGUCGGGUAAAGGCCGUGGAGGUCGGAACCAGGAGCUGGCAAUGAGAGUGGGGCUGGAGCUGAGAGGUUUUCAGGGUCCCGUCUUCCUGAGCGGCGGAACCGACGGUCAGGAUGGACCCACUGAGGCGGCGGGGGCCGUUACUGAUGGAGGGUUGCAUGAAGAGGCCGAGAGACAAGGCCUGGACAUCUCCAACUUCCUCAACAACAACGAUUCCUUCACUUUUUUUAAACGCCUCUCUGGGGGGCACAACUUACUGCGACCGGGACUAACCUGCACCAACGUCAUGGACGUGCACGUCCUGAUUAUUCCACACUGACAUUCAUUUAACUGCACAAAAACGUCUGUUGAACUAUGUAACUUAUCAUUCAGUACUGAAACAAAACACUUUUAAAUUCAAGUGAAAAUGAGAUAUGCUUUUUCACUUUCAUAUUUUUGGCAGUGAUUGUGGAGUCCAUCCAUCCUUUCGGGGUCGUAGAAGCAUACUUGCCAACCUUGAGACCUCCGAAUUCAGGAGAUUGAGGGGGGGGUUUUGAGGUGGGCGG